GGUACAUGGUAAAUUUAGUCAAUUACAUGACAGUUGACAGAGAAAAAAAGAAAAAGGGAGAGAUGUGGGGGCACCUAGGCCACUAAAAUAUUGGACCCUCAUGGUGGUGUUGGUGCACAGAUAUAAAACUCUUUCAGCAGUGAAGAUGGAACAAACAUGAGAAGAAGGGUCAAAGCCAGAUAUAAAGCUUAAGUUCUAAGUCUUAUUUUUCUUAAUUUUCCCUCUGACUUGCUGUAGAGAAAGAAACCAUAAUUAGUCAUAAAAUAUGCUGUUAUUUAAGAGGCUAGUAGUAAUAUUAUUUUUGCAGGAAUGUCAGAAGGUUCGGUGCUCUAUUAUGGUAUAAUAAUAGGCUAUCUAUAUCUAAAUUCACACACCAAAAUAUAAUUAUUUUCUCUUUCUCUCUCUCUUGCUUCUUGCUUGCGUUGUGGUGUGUGCUCUCUCUGACUCAUAACCCGUCCGCACAUAUUAUAUUUCACCCUUCUGUCUUUAUAUGCCUUGUUGCUUCUCAUUCACUUCGAGCUUUGUCUUUGUUGUGUCCUGUGGAAAACCACAUUACUUCUGCGCCAAUUGACUAGUACCACCCAGUCUUGUGACCACUUUUGCUUUGUCUUCUUCUUAGUCUCAGAAUAUGAUCUUGUUAGUCCUUCUUCCUCUUCCCUUCCCAGUUUGGCUUUCUCAUGAAUCUCCCUUUCUUGGAUUAUCUUUCAUGUAAGAUAAGCCCCAGAAAGCCAAUUCAGAAGACCCUUAAUCUGUGUUGUUGUGCUUUAGUUUUUUUUUUCUUCUGUCUUUAUUUAUUUGUUUUAAGUUAUGGAAGCUUGCUGCUGCAACCUUGAAGUGGAUGUAAAUGGAGAAGAGACCUUCAUGGUGGACAAGACUGUUAUUACACAGUAUUCAAACAAGUUUGCUAGAUUAUUUGGAAAGUCUGGUGGUGCCACAGGAAAGCUUAAAGUAAUAUUUCACGAUUUUCCAGGAGGUGCAGAAGGUUUUGAGCUUAUGUUAAAAUUCUGUUACAACAAUGGAACAGCUGAUAUAAGUCCUUCAAAUUUGUUCCUUGCGCGUUGUGCUGCUGAGUACAUGGAAAUGAAGGAACCUGUGGCCGAUGUAUCUAACUUAUUGGAGCUAACUGAAAAGUCACUCCACGAGAUCAACUAUUGGACUUGGUCAGAUGUUUUGAUUGCUUUGAAGCAGUGCCAGAAUUUACUAGUUCUAGAUUGUUCGGAGAUGGUAGAAAAAUGCUUGGACACUAUUGUGGGGAGGCUGGUUUUGGCUAGUGAAGCAAGUCCUUGUCCAUCAACUAGUUCCACAGAUAGUUCUUGGAUUCGGUUUUCAUGUGACUCUAAGAGCACUGAGAGUGUAAAAACAAGUUUCACUCGUUUGACAUGGUGGUUUGAAGAUCUCCUUUUUUUCAGUCCCUUGUUAGUUGCAAUGUUGGUUAAGUCAAUGCUUGCGCGAAAGAUGGACCAUGUUUUGAUCAGCAAGUUUCUUCUCUACUAUCAGAAAGCUAAAUUCUCCACUUCUACUACAGAAGAGAAGAGCAAGAUAAUAGAAAUGGUCAUAGAUAUGCAUUAUGAUAUGGAUCUAAGUUGUGUUCCUUGCAAGACUUUGUUUGGGAUUCUGAGGGUAACUUUAGGUUUAAAUAUAAGCAAAUGUAGCAGGAACAGGUUGGAGACUAUGAUUGGUUCCCAAUUGGAUCAAGUAACCUUGGACAAUUUGCUUGUUCCAUCUCCUUAUGGAAUAAGCUACUUGUAUGAUGUGAACCUUGUUUUGAGAUUUUUGAAGGCAUUCUUGCGAAGAGGAAAUGGUCCAGUCACUCCCAUUCGGAUGAAGAAAGUUGCGAGCUUAAUAGAUUUGUAUACAGCAGAAAUAGCCCCUGAUCCUUGUUUGAAAAUUUCCAAGUUCUUGGCUCUUGCCACAGCACUUCCAGAUUCUGCAAGAGAUUCUUAUGAUGAGAUCUACCAAGCAAUGGACAUGUAUCUUGAGGUACAUGCUCAAUUGUCACAGGAAGAACGAGUGAAGAUAUGCUGUGUUUUAAACUAUGAGAAGCUUUCACCUCAAGCUUGCCUACACUUAUCUCAGAACAAAAAAUUUCCUUCAAAAUCUGCAGUUCAGGCUCUUAUCUCUCAACAAUCUAAGCUAAAAAAUUUACUCCAUGUUACUCCCAGUACAAGUUCAUACAACGAUUCACCUUGCAGCUCCAACGGGGCUGCUCAAAAGGUAAAGAAAGAUAAAACCAGUGAACAGGUUGUGUUGUAUGCUGGCAAUUUUGAUCUUGCUACAGAUAAUGAGAAACUCAAAGCACAUUUACAAGGAAUGCAGUGGAGGGUCAUGGAAUUAGAGAAAUUCUGUAGGAAAAUGCAAGUCCAAAUGGCAAAGAUCACAAAAUCAAAAGCAUCAGGCAAUAGUUAUGCAAAAUCUUUGCCAAAGCUAUGCUCAUGAGUCAUGGCACAAUUUUUUGCUGUUGGAUUUUUGUUUAUUUUCCCCUGUAAUCUUCACAUCUGUAUAGUACAGGAAUGAGUUGUGUCUGUAGUUUUUGAUCUUUUCCGCGUAAUUAAGAACAGUGAUAUAUUGAUUGUACAGUCAUGAAAUAAUGGAAGAGACUUCAAAGAAUUUCA